GCCGCCAAGAUGGCGUCGCCCGCUUCGGCUGGGAAGCGGACCGUGAAGCAGGAUGAGCUGCGACGGCUCAUGAAGUCCGAGAAGCAGCGGCUGAGCGCCAGCCGAAAGAGAGUGGAGUCCCCCUUCGCCAAAUACAACCGCUUGGGUCAGCUGAGCUGCUCGCUGUGCGGCGUCGCGGUGAAGAGUGAGUUGCUGUGGCCCACCCACGUCCUGGGAAAACAGCAUAAGGAGAAGGUGGCGCAGCUGAAGGGUCCCAAGGAGCCUGCCCCGGGGCCCGCGCACCCUCCGCCGGCCAAAAGAACCGGCCCCGAGCCGUCGUGGGACCCAGAGGCGAAGAGAGCGCGGGGCGGCGACCCCCAGGCCUCAGCGCCUGCCGCCUCUGGGCUGCCAGCCGACUUCUUUGACUCGGGCGCGAAGGAGGCGCCCAAGGAGGCCCCCCGAAAAACAUCGGGGCUCAGUUUGCUCCCAGACUACGGAGACGACGACGAGGAGGAGGAAGAGGAGGAGGAGAAAAAGGGAGAGGCUAGCGAACCCCAACCUCCCGCCCUUCCCCCUUCCUCGCAGGAGGCUGCGGCCAGCGGACUGCCUGCCGACUUCUUCGACCAGAAGACCCCGACUGCCCCAGUUGUCUUCCAUUCGGGGUCGAUCCAGAAGCCCGAAGUGCAAGAGAAAGUGGUGGAAAGGCGGGAGAAUACGGCUGAGGCUCUUCCCGAGGGGUUCUUCGAUGACCCCGAAAUCGACGCCAAGGUGCGCAAAGUGGACGCACCCAAGGACCAGAUGGACAAGGAGUGGGACGAGUUCCAGAAGGCCAUGAGGCAGGUCAACACUAUUUCCGAAGCCAUCGUAGCUGAGGAGGAUGAGGAGGGUCGUUUGGACCGGCAGAUCGGGGAGAUAGAUGAACAGAUCGAGUGCUAUCGUCGGGUGGAGGUACUCAGGGACCGGCAGGACGUCUUGAAAAGUAAACUUAAGGAAGUACUGACUUUGAGGGAAUUGCAGAAAAAGGAGGACGAGAAUAACCUAGGCAGUGAUGAUGAGGGGGAGUUGCAAGAUCUGCUCUCUCAGGAUUGGAGGGUGAAGGGAGCUCUGUUGUAAAAUGUCGAAAGAAAGAUUGCAAGUGCCAUUUCUUUUGGUAUUGACAUAUGGACAAAAUGAAAGAUUACGAGAACUCUUUAGGGGGAAAUGGUAUGAAUUGUUUUUUAUUUUAUUUUUGCAUUCAAUUAUUUUGAGAACUUUCCUGGACACUAAAAUUCCAAGUGUUUUCCUCUCAAUAUUCUAGGUCUAAAAUGCAAAAUCAUUUUGUGUGAGUGUUGCAAAUUGUAAAUGUUGUAAAAAGUUAAAUAUAUUUACAACUGAUAUUUCUAAUUUAAUAUUCCUGGGGUCCAGUUCCUAUUGCAGAACUAUAAAAUACUAAGUUCAUU